CAAUAAAACGGUCUGUCUCUUACCGGUUUUCUUAAUAUCACUGUUGCAGCUUGCUGGAAACAGUGUCACCGAAAAUGAAGUAUUUGGUAUCAGGAAUUCUUCUCUGUGUCGUUGGUUUUUCGUUAGGCGAUGUGGAAUCGGAAUUCAAGAAGGCGAAAAUCGAACCCGACAUCAUAGACAAAGCACCAAUCGAGAAGAUCGAGGUAAAAUACGGCAACAAGGUAGUCGAUUUGGGAACCGAACUGACGCCGACUGAAACUCAUGAAAUACCAGAAAUACACUAUAAACACGAAGGCGGAGUUCUAUACACGCUCGUCUUAACGGAUCCUGAUGUACCGAGGAGGGGAGGAUACAAUCGAGAAUUCCGACACUGGCUCGUUGGGAAUAUACCGGAAGAGAACAUAGCUAAAGGCGAAGUCCUGGCGGAAUACGUCGGUCCUGCGCCGCCGAAAAACACUGGCAAACACCGCUACGUGUUUCUCAUUUAUAAACAAAAUCAGGGCGCAAUCACCUUCGACGAAAGAAGAUUGAGCACUUGGGACGGAAGUCAACGAAAGAGGUUCUCCAUAAAGAAGUUUGCGGAAAAAUACAACUUGGAGGGCCCGAUCGCUGGUAACUUUAUGGUGGCGGAAUACGAUGACAAUGUGCCCGGUUAUCAUAAGCGUUUGAAUCUUUAAUUAACCAGUAUAUACGCAUUAAAUCUUUUUAGAACUAAAUACAAACAUAAAUUUUAUAUCUAAUUUUAAAAAUCUUGCAUUACUACUCGCAUAUGUAUAUUCUAUUGGAAUUAUAUUAUACGAAGAGCAAAUUUAUGUCAUUAUUUGAUACAAGAA